AUGGAUUCUGAAUCUGGAUACCAUGGAUAUACGACAACGGAAGAUGCGCCUGGAGAGCCUUGUUUCCUCCCGGAAGAUUUUAGAGAUGGGCUUGCUCCUCGCGAUUCGGAUAUCGUUAUCCUCUUGAUUGGACCGUCGGGAGCUGGGAAAACUAACUAUGUCUAUCAUACUAACAAUCGUAAUCUUUCCCGUGCAGGCACCGAUGACGUAAGAGUCUACCGCUGCGAACUCAACCUCUCCACCAAUAUCUACUUAAUCGAUACCCCAGGCUUCGGCCACGUAACUAGAAAGGACGCAGAAACCCUCCAUGAGAUCGCCGAUUUUCUAGUAAAGGCGCAUUGGUCCCUCCCCAUCCACGGGAUUUUCUAUUUCCAGUCAAUAACGGACAAUGACUAUACACUUAACACUGUGGAGUACAUGGAUGUUUUGAAUAGUAUGUGCGGAGAUCAGGCAUACAAGAAUGCGACUCUCAUCACUACGAAGUGGGAGGAUCUUGAAAAGGCACCGUUGGCUCUGGUUCAAAGCCCUGAGGAGAUCGAGAAUAGUGGGAAAGUAAAGUAUUGGAGAGAGAUAAUUGGUAAGAACGGUCAACAUGAGUAUUAUCGUCACUCUAAAAAUACGAAAAAGUCGGCUAUGGAGCUGUUGGAUCGGUUUAAGGAUUUUCAACCAGAGAGUUCUAGACCUCCGGAUCCGAUACACCUCCAAGUGGAACUUACUUCCAAUUUUACUGCGCUCCACGAAACACGUGCCGGUGCGGAACUUGAUUUAUUCUUCAAAAACAGUACUGCGAGGAAUUAUUUACAGAUAGCAAGCUGGAAAGAGUCAUUGGCGCGGAACCUGAGUCUAGAACAGGGCUUUUAUCCGGAACUCUCGAGAGACAUCGCGGCGGAAAUAGAAAUAAUGCGGGAUGAGAUCCAACGAUAUCAAGAGGAACGGAGAGUUCUAUCCAGAGAGUUUCAGACUUGGUUUUUAAGAAACUUGAGAAAAGAAAUGAUCCAAAGAGACUUGGACAUUCUCCAUGGCCAAAAGAUUAUUGAAGGACUCUACUACCGGUUCUCACUCUUAACAAAUGAGGCUAUUAGACAAGGCGGCCUGUCAGAAGCCACGAUAGAUGCUCUUCAUAAAUAUUUGGACCGUCAGCCUAUCACAAAGAGCAUUUCGUACAAUCCUUGCGAAGCACCGAUUACUUUCCAAGAGUUUCAAACGGGAAUGAUGGAAUGGGAUUCCUUAACAAUCUCUCAAGCUUCAUCGUCCGGGCCCUGGCUGACCUCGAAAAGAGAACAAUUCCGCAAAGACUUCGCCGACCCGCAAGACGAAACCAGGCUACAAGUAGCUACCCGUUCCGGUGACCGUAAGAGGGUCAAAGAAUUGCUCCAAACCAUCUCAAAUCUCACUUAUUCCUUAACUCGCGAAAAUAGCAGAGGGUCCAUCCCAUUACAUAUCGCAGUGGAGACAGGAAAUCGAGAAAUGGUCGAAAUAAUUGUGUCCGCAAUGACACAACAGAACAUAUACAUCAAAGAUAAAUACGGCUAUUCUGCACUUGCCCUCGCUAUGGUCAACAGCCACUGGAGUAUUGUGACCGAAAUUACACCGGACCAUCGUAAUCCGUUCGGCUUCAGGAUAGCGGAUAAAUUUGCCUUUAAGGAGCUACUACACUCACCGCCGGACAUUUUGAAAAGAUUUCUCGCUCUCAGCACAAAUGAUCCCGGGUUCUGGGGACUGAGGACCGAAGACGGAAAUACCAUCCUCCAUAUAGCAAUGGACAUAGAUAUGCCCCGUGCAAAUCUCUGUUUUAAUGUUAUUGAAUCCGCAUCUGCAAAAGUACUCGACGAACUCCUCAAUCAUAACAAUAUAUACGGCCUCACUGCGAUGGCGCAAGCAGCUGCCAACGGAAGACGGGACAAUAUCCAAGAAUUUGUACGGAGAUUCAAAUCUCGCGUUCGAAUGCGAGAUGUGGUCAACAAGGGAUCUAGACAUGGAACACCUUUCUUCCUGGCUGUCACUCGAGGUCAUCUGGAAUGUGCACAAACUCUGUUAUACCUCCAUCCGAACCAAAAUCGACUGGAACUCUGCGGGUUAGACACAAAGAAUUGGAUCAAAUUUUGCACCGGGGCGGUGACCGAAGUAACAAAGAGAGAUAAACCAACCGAACGCCCAGUUAAAACGGUUGCAUUAACUUUCGAUUUAUCCAUAAAUGUUCCCUCAUACACUAAGACUGUAGUCGAAAAGUCUAGACGGUACCUACUAGAAAAACACCAUACCAACCUUCUAUCCGACCCAAUCUUACUCUGCCAACUAUCACAACAUUACUUCAACAGCACCGAACGAAUACCCCUCAUCAAAGCCGGGCGUACAAAGGAUUUGAAGGCACUGCUAUCCAUAGGCUGUAUAGAAAACGGUAUAACUCUCUAUGCAUUAUACCUCUAUGCAUUGCGGAAGAGACACGGUUAUUCGAUAAUACGCUGUGGUUCUUGCUCCUCGCGGAUAGAAAGUAAAUUCUACCAUUGUAUAAUGUGUCCACUCGCCGACUUUUGCCAGGAAUGCUACAGGAGUCGUCCUAUAUCUAACGGGGCUAGUUUAGCACAAGGGAUAUGUGCUAGAAGGCAGAAUUGUAAUUGUCUUCCGUAUCACCCUUGGGUUGAGAUCGAUAUGGCAUCGUUUGCGUUCGAUUUGGAGGUUGGGAAGAUUAGAGAUGGGUUGACGUUAAGAGGAUUUCUUUUAGGUUUGAGGAGUCAAGAGUUUCCUUUCAUACCUGAACCUUUGGAUAUUGAAGCGGUGGGCAUGGGAAUGUCGAAUUCGCGAACUCAAAGUAUGUCUUGA